AUGGCAGUUUCAUGUUCUCAAGCAGUAGCUGAUAUCCGAGCCACACAGGCUCAGCACUUGGAUAGUCUUCGUCCAACUCUUCAUGGAUUGAACAUCAAGGAUAUUGUCCCCAUCUUGGUUGCUCGUAAUGUCUUAAAAUCCUAUGAAAUGGGAGCUGUUUAUUCAAAGGACUCUAUUGAAGCUCAAGUUGAUGUUUUGAUUGCCCUUUUAAAGACAAAAAGUCAUUGGAUUGGACCAUUGACUGAUGCUCUCAUCCGUAAUGGCCAGGCUCCAGUUGCUAAGAAGCUUUUGGAACUUCAAGCAAAUGCUUAA